UAUCAAUAAAGAAUUGAAAUGGCGGAUAACUCGAGUCAGAUGAGCUACCGUGUCGGAGAGGCCAAGGGUCAAACUCAGGAGAAAGUGAGCAAUAUGAACGACACGGUAGCUAAAGAGUCGGUACAAGAGACAGGCCAACAAAUGAAGGCUAAGGCACAAGGAGCUGCAGAUGCUGUUAAGGAUGCCGUGAACAAAUGA